CAUGCGUCGUACAGACGAAACCGCAGUCAGUGCCGCCACCAGCUGACCUGCCUGACCAACCAAGCCGGCGGCUAUUCAUGGCGGCACCAAAAUACCACCCGCCGCCCGCCCACCGUACCCGCGCGCGCUGCAGUCGCGGUGCGAUAUAUAGCAACCCCCACUUGAGCUAGAAUUCCCAAUCCAUCCAAACCCAAAAUCGGAGGUAGCUACAGCCGAAUCCCCCAACAGUUGUGUGCAAUUUCUUGCUUGCUUGGUUUUCUUUUCCCCCCACUCGGAUCGAUCUCGUUGUUGUGUGAGGUUUUUUGAGCUUUGGUCGAUGGCGUCGAUCGUGCUGCUGCUGUCGGAGCUGCUCGGCGGCGAGAGCACCAGCGUAAUGGCGGCUGACUGGUACAUGAGCGGACACAGCCUCCGGGAGUUCCGGCCCGUGGCGGCUGCUCCGGCGGCGGCGGCGGCGGUGGCCAAGUGCGAGCGGCCGGCGGCCGAGGCAGCGGGGGAGAAGAAGAAGGAGGAGUCGUUCGAGGAUCUCGCCGCCGUGUCCCGGAUCGCGGUCGACGUGAUGUGGCCUUAGAGCAUCCGUCGCCGCCAUCUCGCCGGAGAAGAAGAAAAAGAAAAUUCUAUUCUUGAGUUUUUUUUCUCUAUUUUUCUCCUUUUUUUUGGUUGCCAACGAGGCAUGUGUUGUGUACUGUUCUUUUUGAGAUCAGAUUUGUAAAUAUACGAAGUGAUUCUUGGAUGUUUUUCA